AGUCCUUCAGGCCCUGCGAUCGGAGGUGGGUGCAGCCAUGGACCCACUCACGCCUCAGCCCAACUGGACCGAGAUCGUGAAUAAGAAGCUCAAGUUCCCACCUUUACUCCUGGGGGCUAUCCAGGAGGGGCGACUGGGCCUUGUGCAGCAGCUGCUGGAGUCGGGGGCAGAGGCCGCUGGUGGUGGCCCGGGGGGCCCACUGCGCAAUGUGGAGGAGUCUGAGGACCGCUCCUGGAGGGAAGCCCUCAACCUGGCCAUCCGCCUGGGCCACGAGGCCAUCACUGAUGUGCUGCUGGCCAAUGUCAAGUUUGACUUCCGGCAGAUCCACGAAGCCCUGCUAGUGGCAGUGGACACCAACCAGCCGGCUGUGGUGCGUCGCCUGCUGGCCCGGCUGGAGCGGGAGAAGGGUCGCAAAGUGGACACCCGGUCUUUCUCCCUGGCUUUCUUUGAUUCAUCCAUUGAUGGCUCUCGCUUUGCACCCGGGGUCACUCCACUCACACUGGCCUGCCAGAAGGACCUGUACGAGAUUGCCCAGCUGCUCAUGGACCAGGGCCACACCAUUGCCCGGCCCCAUCCAGUUUCCUGUGCUUGCCUCGAGUGCAGCAAUGCCCGGCGCUACGACCUGCUGAAGUUCUCCCUGUCCCGUAUCAACACCUACCGCGGCAUCGCCAGCAGGGCCCACCUGUCACUCGCCAGUGAGGACGCCAUGCUGGCUGCCUUCCAGCUGAGCCGCGAGCUCAGGCGCCUGGCACGCAAGGAGCCUGAGUUUAAGCCUGAGUACAUUGCACUGGAGUCACUGUGCCAGGACUACGGCUUUGAGCUGCUGGGCAUGUGUCGGAACCAGAGCGAGGUCACAGCAGUGCUCAACGACCUGGGAGAGGACAGCGACGCAGAGCCCGAGGCCGAGGGCCUGGGCCAGGCCUUUGAGGAGGGCAUCCCCAACCUGGCGAGGCUGCGACUGGCUGUGAACUACAACCAGAAACGGUUUGUAGCACACCCCAUCUGCCAGCAAGUGCUGUCCUCCAUCUGGUGUGGGAACCUGGCCGGCUGGCGUGGAAGCACCACCAUCUGGAAGCUCUUUGUCGCCUUCCUCAUCUUCCUCACCAUGCCCUUCCUCUGCCUCGGCUACUGGCUGGCACCCAAGUCCCGGCUGGGCCGCCUGCUGAAGAUCCCAGUGCUGAAGUUCCUGCUGCACUCAGCCUCCUACCUGUGGUUCCUCAUCUUCCUGCUGGGAGAGUCCCUGGUCAUGGAGACGCAGCUGAGCACCUUCCGGGGCCGCAGCCAGAGCGUGUGGGAGACUUCGCUGCACAUGAUCUGGGUGGCAGGCUUCCUGUGGUUUGAGUGUAAGGAAGUGUGGAUCGAGGGCCUGCGCAGCUACCUCCUGGACUGGUGGAACUUCCUGGAUGUGGUCAUCCUGUCCCUGUACUUGGCAGCCUUCGCCUUGCGCCUCCUUCUGGCCGGCCUAGCCUACUUGCACUGCCGGGAGGCCUCUGAUGGGGCUGCCUGCCGCUACUUCACCUCAGCUGAGCGAGAUGAGUGGCGCACCGAGGACCCCCAGUUCUUGGCAGAGGUACUCUUUGCUGUCACCAGCAUGCUCAGCUUCACCCGCCUGGCCUACAUUCUGCCAGCCCACGAGUCGCUGGGCACCCUACAGAUCUCCAUCGGCAGGAUGAUCGAUGACAUGAUCCGGUUCAUGUUUAUCCUCAUGAUCAUCCUGACUGCCUUCCUCUGUGGCCUCAACAAUAUCUACGUGCCUUACCAGGAGACAGAACGGCUGGGCAACUUCAAUGAAACAUUCCAGUUCCUGUUCUGGACCAUGUUUGGCAUGGAGGAGCACAGUGUGGUGGACAUGCCCCAGUUUCUGGUGCCUGAAUUUGUGGGCCGGGCCCUUUACGGCAUCUUCACUAUUGUCAUGGUCAUCGUGCUGCUCAACAUGCUCAUUGCCAUGAUCACCAACUCCUUCCAGAAGAUUGAGGACGAUGCUGAUGUGGAGUGGAAGUUUGCUCGCUCCAAGCUCUACCUGUCCUACUUCCGCGAGGGCCUGACACUCCCUGUGCCCUUCAACAUCCUGCCCUCCCCCAAGGCCAUCUUCUACCUUCUCAGGAGAAUCCUCCAGUUCAUUUGCUGCUGCCGCUCUGGCUGCAAAGCCAAGAAGCCCGAGUACCCCCCGAUCCCAUCCUUUGCCAACCCCGGGGCAGGACCAGGGCCAGCAGAAGGCGAACGCGGCUCCUACCGCCUGCGUGUCAUCAAGGCUCUAGUCCAGCGCUACAUUGAGACUGCCCGGCGUGAGUUCGAGGAGACUCGGCGGAAAGACUUGGGCAACAGAUUGACGGAGCUGACCAAGACUGUGUCGCGGCUGCAGAGUGAGGUAGCUGGUGUACAGCGAGCCUUGGCAGAUGGGGGAACACGUCGGCCUCCUGAUGGUGCCAGCAUUCUCAGCCGGUACAUCACCCGGGUACGCAACAGCUUCCAGAACCUGGGACCCCCCAUCCCUGAGACCCCAGAGCUGACAAUGCCAGGGAUGAUGGACAUUCAGCCAUCUUCAGAAACUGGGCCUCAGGAUGCUGGCAGCCCGGCAGUUCCAGUUGCCCUGGAACCUGGCUCCUCCUCUCCAGCUCAUGUGCUGGUGCACAGGGAGCAGGAAGCCGAGGGGCCUGGGGACCUGCCCCUGGAGGAGGGUUUUGGGGCCAAAGAGGACACCCCAAACUGUGGCCUGACGCAGUGUGGCUGA